AUGUUUCUCUUUUUAUUACUUCUGGGGCAACUUUUGGAAAUUGGCACGAUUCAGUUAUUUGGUAAUAUACAAAAGCUUGAAUAUCGCGUAAUUUUUUUUAUCGUGUUCAUGGUAGACAGCAUGCCCAUUCACUUUAUUAGUCUUCUCGUAUUAAAGGGUAUUCACGUUUGGCAAGAGUGGCUGUUUAUUCACGAAUCCGAGGUGCCACUUCCCCCUUUACAGGAACCAGACAACGUGGAGCGUCAUCCUCAGGACCUAAACACAAUCUUGUUUAAUGAAGCGAUGAGAGAGGAAGAAAACCUAUACGCCCCCAUGUGUUUUUCAGCGCAGUACGAAAAGGAGCAUUAUCCCAAUUCGCACAUCGUGGAGGCUAACCCGAUAUUGGAAUAUAAGACCUUGUUGAAAUGUAUAAAAAAGAAUCUCAACAAUAGUAUGCCUGUUAGUUUUUUCGAACGAAAUUUACCUCACCUCGCACUAAAGUAUUGCAAAAUGACCUUUUUCAUAAAUUUGCGGAUCACAUUGGUGUUACUAUUGUUUAUAAAAAAUAACGCGUUUAUUUUUUCAUUAAACCAGAGACUUUUCGAUUUCCUUACCCACACCACACCGGGUUAUUCUCUCUCUAGCACCAUCGCGCGCACUGGCCUUGGGGAUGUCGCUUUGUUUUUUCGACACGCCCUCACCGUAAUGCCGUCCUUCAACGACAUGAUAAACGUCCGGAUGAAUUUCCUAUUUUUCUUGAACUGUCCUAUUUUGGUUGGGUAUGUCGUCUUUAAGUUCAUGCCAUCGAACCGUUGGAAAAGAAAUUGGACCAUGUUUUAUAUUUUGAUCCGAGGUUUGAUUGUGGGGUUUAGUUUAAUUUUCCUGAGCUUUAUGAUUAUGCGAAUUCCCGGGAGCUUUUUGGAGUCAAGCUUUUUGGUCAGCAAAAACGCGAUCACGGGGUUGAUGAGCCCAACCACCGCCUGGCAUGUUCUACAGAAAAAUGAUCUCGUCCCGCUCGUGUGUGAUUCUACGGAACACCCAAUAGACAAUUCCUUCAUUAUUUUAAAGGCGCUUUAUACCGUAUCUCGUGAUUUUAUUCCUUCCAGGGCGGACCCCCUCUUCGACAUCCAAACUGGUGUUUGCUUGAACACCUUCGAUGCCGCGAGUUGUGGAAGCUUUCUAUUUCACGAAAAGGGAUACAUCCAUUACGCAGCUUACUCUGCACGGGUAGUUUGGCGUGUUUUGUCGAGUAGUGCCAUGAAGGAAUUCAUAAAUACUUUAUUAUUCACAAUGAUUCCCGUAUCGGCACUUCUAAGUUUUGAUAUAGUCAGAAAUCGAACCAAGCUUGGUCAUUUUCUUACGGAAGGUACCUUUUUCAUUAUUUCCCAUCUCGAUGCCUGGACCGCUUUGCGCAUUUUUUUCGAAUUAUCAACCAUUCUGAUGGUAGCCCUCACGAUCAUGAGCUGGAGCUCAUGGGCCCUUCUACGGUACCUAUCCCCCGGAUCGUUCCCAGUUGUGAUUGAUUACUUUUCUCAUAACUUCUUUAUCAUUAUCAGGACCUGGUCCAAGUGCCCUAAUCUUCUCCGUACAUUCGCAGUUUGGAGAAAAAUUUCUGAUGUUCUUCAGCGUUUGUUUGGGGCGAAGGAUGCCGCGAUAGGGACUAAUAGGCGGUCAGCACGUUUAGUACCAGUUGGCAUUUUUUUUAACUAUCUUUUGUAUGCCACCACCUACUUUGCUAUCAGUGUGGUUCUGACUUCUCUUGUACGGUAUAUUCAAUUAUCAUCAAGCCAUUUAUGGCUCAUAUACGUUCCGUUUUUUGAUCUAUUUGUUAACUUAUUUCAACUUCUAAAUUUGUGGGAGGUGAUCCAUUUUCUCAUGGAUCGUGUGAAAGAGUGCCUAACUCUUUAUUUCGCUAAGCUUUACCUUUAUGGGGUCUAUGGUCUGAAGCUCAUAGAUGAUCGAGGCAUACUGAUCUUUAAAAUGUCAACUUCGAUACCAUCGAUAUUUAAGCAACAGGUUAUUGAAACUCAAAAAGAGAAAAUCCUCGAGUUCUAUAACGACGCUUCACUUAGUACAGGUCAUCUAUUCUGGAUUUCGGUUUUACCUGGCAGAAACCCACCCGUUGCUUAUUCUAUGUUCUAUAAACACCUGCCCCUGCUCUAUCGUUCCUUUUCAGCGAAGAGGCGAAGGGUUAUGUACGGAAAUUGUAUUAUACACCUCUUAUUUUGGUUGGUGGCGCCUUUAAUCGCCGGAAGGGGUUAUGCGAUUAACGAUUCACUCUUAUGGGGGGGAAGACAUCAGACCGCAUGUUUAUUGUCUCCCUGGUGGUACAAAUUCCUUCGCAGUUGGCUGGCUGGGAUAAUAUUUCUUUCGGGAUACUUUAUCAUUGAAUAUGAACUUAUGGAGACCCCUUUUCUGUGGAAUUUGAAAAAUUUCUACCCACACAAUCUUUUCUAUUGGCAUAUCGACAUGGUGCACCGUAUUGCAAUUCCGAUCAUCAUCCGAUGUGUGUCUAUGAACCUUUACAUACCUAUCCAUAAAUUAAUCUUAACUAUUAUUGGGAAAACGAAAGUAGGCAAGGCAUUUAGGCCAGAGUAUAUUCCACUUUGGAUAAUAUUCUAUGAGUACUUGAGAAAGAAAGCAAGUAGAAGACAUGAUACAGCCGACAAUUUACACAACGUUGAUGUGCAAGCACCGACGAUCACGCAGAUAAAUAUCGAGAGGCCUUGGCCCAUCGGAAUGGAUAAUUUUAGAACUACUGUCAAUCAAGAAUAUGAAAAGAUACUUCCGGACAGCCUUGAGGUUGUCACGCUUCCAUUUUUGUCCGGUACAAACUUUAUAGAAAGAUUCCGACAUUUUUUUACCGAAAUAAUACCAUCGAUCAUAAGAAGAAUGAGUGAAUAUCUCCACGCCCGUUGGGUGGAGCUAGUUUACAAGAUCAAAUUAUAUCUUUAUACUGCUAUCAAGGAAGAUGAUACUAUAGGGGUAGUUUUUCAAGACUAUCAGCAGACCUUUUGA